AUGUGGUACAUCACCGGGCCGAAGUUGGCACAGCGUGCGGCGCGUCAUGCAUGGCAGGGCGAUGGCAAGGAGGAGAAGAUAUCUGACGCGUAUGCACGGGCUGGAGAUCAACGCUACCCUCUGGAUGUGCAGGAUUUCCUUAAGCUUCUGCGCCGCAAGUGUGGCAGCGUUGUUCGGGCGUGGCGGGUGGCUCUGGACAAGGAUGGGGGCAGCGAGCUGGAGUUCUGUGAGUUCGUAAGCGCAGUGCGCCAGAUGGGUUCAGGUUCAGGGCAGAAUGCGCGCAGCCUCUGGUUCAAUCUGGACGUGGAUCAAAGUGGUACUCUGAGCCUUUACGACUUGGAUCCGAUUGCCGCACAUGCCCUGGACAAGUUUCGUUAUCUCUGCACAAGUCGUUACGGCUCAAUCAAUGCAGCGUUUGAGCAGCUUCUCGAUACGAGCAAAUCUGGUGUCGUGACCCUGGAGAACUUCAUCGAAGCGGUCAGGGACCCUUUCGGAUAUGAGCCAGCUGUAGCCGAAGAGCUUUUCAACUGGCUGCGAUCGCGGCCUGGGACCCUUUUCCUCCGCAAGAGCGACCUGCAUUUCCUACAGAAAUGGGAGGACGCGAAGCGUGACAAGAAGGAGAAAGCUGGCACACUACAUGUGGGCUGGAUCAACCGGGACCCAUCUGCGGCAGUUGAAUAUCGGAAGAUGGCGGACAAGCUUGCUGAGAAAGGCGGGCAAUCAAAGAUGGAGCACCGAGUCUCCGAGACGCCGUUCACUGCCACGGCGCUGGCCAUCGCCACGGCGACAGAAAAGGCUCAAGGGAACUCGGCGAGGUCCUCCGUGGAGGCACAGGCACAGCCGGCCCAGCCGGCCCCGCCGGCCCAGCACAGGCCGGAAACUCCAGGCAAGAAGGGCGCUUCAAGGGUGGAGGCCCCUGCAACGACGGCGGCCAUUGCCAGUGCGCAGGAGACAGUGGGUUGCUACGCCAUGAGACUGGCUUCAGAUAAUGAGAACAGCGCUACCAAGUUCUUGAAGUAUCUUCUGGACCGCUUCGGGUCUCUAGCAGCUGCCUGGGAUGCAAUGGAACCCGGAGAGGUGGGAGAGAUUCGCAAGAGCGCCUUCGAGUACGUCGUGUGCUUCAAACUGGGAUACUGCAGGAACACUGAUGCACGUCGGCUUUUCGAAGCCUUGCCCAAGAAGGACUCGCAUCGCCUGACCUGGCGGGACCUCGGCCUGAAGCCGGAUGAAUGGCUGGGUUUUCUUACGCAGAAGAAGUGGCAGAAAUCCCUGCUGAUGGUGGAGGAGCGUGUGGGCCAGGCAGCUGCUUUGAAGGGUGUGAAACGCAUAAACCGUCAGGAGAUGAAGAAGUGCGACGGAGAUGGUGCUCGGCUAGCCUUGGAGCGACACUACCGACGAUCAAAGCUGCACGGUCAUCAGCUACAGCUCGAGCAUCUUCUGCUGCAGUUGGAGUUGAUCGGGAGAUUGCUCGAAACCAUCGACGCCCUUCCUGGAUGCCCCAACCAUGCAGACCAGCCCAUGCUGCCGCUUCUGGCCUCGCUGGCUCGCAAGCGGCAGGCAUCGGCGCCUGCCAAGGAUGGCCAAAGCAGCCACAAGGAUGGCGGUGAUGCCGUGAACACGAAGAAGACGCCUUUGAGGAAGGCAAAGGCGAAGAUGAAAGCAAAGAAGGGAGCGCCGAUGGAGGUUUCGUCACGACGGGCAACACCACCUCCUCGAGCAGCCGCAGCACGGAGCGGUGCAAAGGCCUAUGUGCUCUUGGCGUGUCUGGCGUGGCAAUUGGCGAGAGCUCGCGGAGCAGUGCUUGAGCUAAGUCUUGCUUUUAGCAGAGAGGAAGAUGGCUACUCUCCGGUUCGUGGAGGGGGGGAUGUGAAUUAA